AUGAUUAAGCAUCCAGAUAAUGAGUAUAUUGAUCCUAUGGAGCAGAAGGAACAUCCGGUCCAUUGUUCAGAUGUUGCAGCACAACCAGAUAGAUUGCCAUGGUAUUUUGAAAUGAAGAAGUAUUUGGAGUUAGGGAAUUAUCUAGAAGAUGCGACAUCCAACCAGAAAACGUCGAUACGCCGUAUGGCCGUCAACUUCUUUCUGAGUGGAGAAGUUUUUUAUAGGAGGACUCCAAAUUUAGGUCUUCUCAGAUGUGUUGAUGCUGUCAAAGUUGAGAAGCUUAUCAAACAGAUACAUGCUGGUGUUUGCGGCACGCACAUGAAUAGACUCACUUUGUCCAGAAAGAUCCUUCGAUUUGGAUAUUUCUGGGUGACUAUGGAGCAUGAUUUUUGCAAAUUUGUGCAGAAAAGUCAUAAGUGUCAAGUGAAUGGGGAAUUGAUAUGA